CCGAGCAUGCAGAGUAGCCUUUAAGAGGGUGGCACGGCCGCGGUGGUGGGGGAUACCCAUAACUGGACAUAACCAUAUCACCGCACUUAGUUAGCACUCACUGCAUCCUCGGCGCUCAACCCAUUCAUUCCGGCAGUUUCGCAUCGGCCGACGACGACUGUGUUGUCGGUGCCGCUGCCGCCGCCGCCGCUGCCACCGCCGAUACAGAAUUCGAGCUCCGCCCUCUCCCUCAACCGAACACACAUACACACACACACAUUUCUGGCUGCACGCGGAGGUUUAUAGACAUGCUUAGUCGGGUGCUCAGGCAGCGGCUCAACAACUAACUAGUGUGCUAGUAGACACUCGGUAAACCGGUCGGCCACUCUCAGCAGGCAAAACGGCGUCCGCAAAUUUCCAGCAGAGCGGCGGCAGGUACCUGCACCACCACCACCACCAUCACCACCACCUGCCGUCGCACAACUCCAAGAUUUCGGCCGCCGAUGUGGGCACGUGGGCGUCCACCAAACUGGACAAGGUGCCGGCCGAGAACAACAACUACCGCACCAGCGUGGCGCCGGCGGCCACGACCGCCGACCUUCCGGCCCAGCAGCAGCCGCAGCCGCAGCAGCAGCAGCAGCAGGACUCGAGCACGCCGGCCUCCGACUCGAGCAGCAUGCACCUUACGCCCGAGCUGAACGUCUUCAACGAGACGUACACCAAGAUGACGUCCGACAUCCUUGCCGAACGCACCCUCUCCGAGAUCCUGUCCGAGCAUCCAGGCGAGCUCGUGCGGACCGGAAGCCCCAUGUUCGUGUGCACCGUGUUGCCGCCGCACUGGCGCUCAAACAAGACCCUGCCGGUGGCCUUCAAGGUGGUGGCCCUCGGCGACGUGAUGGACGGAACGGUGGUCACCGUGCGCGCUGGUAACGACGAGAACUAUUGUGCUGAGUUGAGGAACUGCUCGGCCGUGAUGAAAAAUCAGGUUGCGAAAUUCAACGACCUCCGCUUCGUCGGCAGAAGCGGCAGAGGAAAGAGUUUCACGCUGACAAUCAUGGUCAGCACGUCGCCUCCUCAAAUCGCCACGCUGAGCAAGGCGAUAAAAGUGACAGUGGACGGACCAAGAGAACCUAGAAGACAGCAGCAGCAAUUCCACGCGUUUGCCUUUGGUCAAAGGCCUUUUCUUGGCGGUCACUUCGCCAGCCCGCUGGACCCUCUGCAAAGAGCCGACCCGCUCAGCUUUCGCAUGCCAGCCAUGUCAAACUGCCAAAACAUGGGGCAGGCGUUUGGCCUGAGCAGUUCAAACAGCCAUUGGGGUUCAUACGGUGGCUACUCGUCGUACCUUAGUUGCACGGGGGUGCAGAGCAGUGGCUUCAACACCCCUGGCCUACCUGCAUUCGCGCCCACCAACACCACAGACAUCAACGGUCAAACUAACACAGUGGCCACUACACACGACACCUUUUCCACCAACGCCUCCGCAGCCAUUCUUCCAGACACAACGGGUCCAGCGUCGUCCCUGGCGGCGAGCAGCACCACCGACUUUGCAGCGUCGCUCGCAGACGCGCGGCUCACGAAGAGCGACAACACGAGUCCGGUGAGCGACCUUGACUCGCUGGGUCUGACGCCAAACUCACAGGAACGCACCAACACGUCGACGUCGGCGUUGACGCCGCGCUACAACAACGACUUCUCGCGCUCGCUGGCCGACCCCAGCAGCUGUCUAGGCGGCAACCAGUCGGUGCAGCAGUCGACGCACCAGGGCGGCCACAUGAGCUCGCUACUGGGCAACUCGGCGGCCACGGCGGCCAACUCGAACUUCUCGCUGAUGGGCCAGGGCUCAUACGGCGCGGCAAACUCGCAGAACUCGCUUUACCUGGGUGGGCCGGUGUUGCCCGCCUCGCUGCUCUACUCGCAGCUCUACUCAAGCGUCAGCCAGAACCAGCUGCACCUGCACGGUGGUGCCUCCGUCGAGGUCAUUGAGCAGCCCUCGAUGCACCAGCAGACGACCGCGACGUCACCCGUACGUGGCCUGCCGGCCGCCGACGAGGUGGCCUCGCAAACCAGGAUGCCUGUGCUGCAGCAGCAGCAGACCAGGCACGCCGACUCUGCCGUCUGGAGACCGUAUUAGGAAUGUAAGGCAUCUUUUACUCUUCACUCACAUAACACACACUUGGACUGUGUGAAGGACCUCCGCAGCUUGGCUCUCUCGUCAGGCCUGAAUUUGGUGAUUAUCAAUUUAAUGCAUGUAUCAUGUGAAGGAACCUCAAGAGAAACUGUCUCGGAUUUUUUUCAAGGUUGGUGUGUGAAUCAAAGAGAAACAAACAUACAAUCUUUAAUUUACAGCAGUAGCUCAGGGUAAUGUUGAUUGAAGGGUGAAAAAGAGGUGACACAUUAAGAAACUUGUGCUGUAAAAAGAAACUGGCCAUUGCAUGGUAACGUCAUCAAUGUUCACGCCAUUCUUGCUCCGAUCUUCUCUGCCUUGAGCAUUGAUGAACUAACCUCUCUGUCCAGGAAUUAUUUUUGGCACCCGUUCCAAUAAAACUUCUCAUUUUUAAUCAUCUGCUUGCUUUUGAUCUAUAUGAAUUCUUACAUUCUUUCCCAUUUAAACAAAUUUUAGUGGUGUCUGCUUUAAAUCACGAGAAAAAUUGAUUUGUUACCAAAUUUGUCACUGAUUGAGAACCAACUCUGUCUGAGAAAAGAGGCUAAUUUGUUCAUGGACGAGAAAAGCAUAGCUGUUGUGUACAUUUGUAACGUUUCUGCCAGAUGUGUUAGUUGCAAGGUGAGAUGAUGAUCUAACGAGAUAUAAAUUCGAUCAGCUGUGCGUAGUCCGGUUUUCUAUUUAUGGAGUAAGAUCAACUCUUCAGCCUCACGAUUAGCUCACUUGCUUUGUAAAUAAAAUCGGUAUAGAGCUCACUCAUGGUUCAUGAUCAUCAUCAAGUUAUUAAUUAUUAGGGAUAAAAAAUCGGUCAGCUCCUGUUAGGGUUUGCGGAUGUGUUGGAGCGUAAAUGCUGCCGAAGAUCGAUACUAACUCUAGUCCCCGUCGAAAUCACGCAUCAAACGAAUUCGUCUCUCGACCGCAGCCCGGCUGACCGAUUCUAAUUUUUACGUUUCACUUGUUGUAGCGACUCAAUGAGAUUCUUGUCCAAUAAAAUACACAAUGAUUCAA